AUCCACGGAAUUAGUCGGCUCCUGUGAGGGCAAACACCCACUAUCAAGCUCUCACAGCCAGCUGCUCUCCAGCAAUGCCUCCAGACUUUGACACCAACAUGAAGUUCAAGUUCUCCAUCCUGGCGCUUCUUCUGGAAGUGAUUGUCAUUGUUUUGUAUGGGAUAUUUGUGGAAUAUGAUAAAAAGCCUGUUACGGAGUUAUACCCACACUUUCAAGAUGUCCAUGUGAUGAUAUUUGUUGGAUUUGGUUUCCUGAUGACCUUUCUGAAGAAAUAUGGAUUCAGCAGUGUUGGUUUCAACAUGCUCAUUGCUGCCUUCGGUCUCCAGUGGGGAAUUCUUAUGCAAGGAUUUUGGCACAUGAAAGAAGGGAAAAUUCCUAUUAACAUCAAAAGCAUGAUAAAUGCAGACUUCAGUACAGCAACUGCUUUGAUUUCGUUUGGAGCGCUCCUGGGGAAAACAAGUCCCAUCCAGAUGCUGAUCCUGACUCUUCUGGAGAUCACCAUCUUUGCAUGCAAUGAACACCUAGUUACCGGAGUAUUCAAGGCCACAGAUGUUGGAGCUUCGAUGACUAUCCAUGCUUUUGGAGCUUAUUUUGGUUUGGCUGCAGCUUUCGUCUUGUACCGUCCUGGUCUGACAAACAAACAUGAAAAUGAUGAAUCCACCUAUCACUCAGACCUGUUUGCCAUGAUUGGUACCCUGUUCCUUUGGCUUUUUUGGCCCAGUUUUAACUCUGCCAUUGCAACCAGCCCAAAAGCCCAGGCAACAGCCAUUAUCAACACUUACUACUCCUUGGCAGCCUGCACCAUCGUAACAUUCGCCCUCUCCAGCUUGGUGGAUAAAAGAGGCAAACUCAGUAUGGUUCUCAUUCAAAAUGCCACCCUGGCAGGAGGAGUAGCAGUGGGUACCUGUGCUGACCUGGAAAUCCACCCUUUUUCUGCCAUGGUCAUCGGGGUCAUUGCUGGAAUUGUCUCUGUCCUUGGAUUCCAGUUCCUGACUCCUGUGAUGGCAUCCAAGCUGAAAAUUCAAGACACUUGUGGAGUUCAUAACUUACAUGGUUUACCUGGAAUUCUGGGGGGUGUUGCUGGCAUCAUCGUAACGGCAAUAAAAAGGAAAACGAGUGAGGGCCCCCUGCCUACUCCUUCCAUCCAGACUGCUGCCCUGGGAAGUACACUGGCAAUUGCAAUGGUGGGAGGAGCACUCACAGGUGCUAUUCUAAAGCUGCCCUUCCUGGGACAAGUAUCUGACCAGAACUGCUUUGAUGACUCUGCUUAUUGGGAGGUUCCAGAGGAGGAGACUGUACCCGAAAUUCACUCCAGCCACCGUGAUGAGCACAGCAGAUUUGAAGCUGCCAUGUAGAAAAAUAACUAAUCUGCAAUGUUUGUCCUGAUGAUGCUCUUUUUUUGUUUCUAAUGAUAAGAAACAAUGAAACAACAUCCAAGUAUUGUCCCAACCACACCAGGUUUUUGAGAAAAGGCUGAAGAUAGCUAUAUUUUUUUAGAAGAAAGCAAGCUUGAUUUUAGAUUACUUAGUCUUUAUGCCAAGCUCAGGUGUAUAAAUUAGGUCCUUCUAAUAUAUCUGUUCAUCAGAAAAAGGCACCACAAACUGCUCUUUAAAAUUAUCUAUAUUUUAUCUUUUUUUGUCACUGACAGCAAUAUAGCUGUUGUAAUAAACUUUGGGUUUCAAGAUUAUUACAGGAUAUAUUUAAUUGUGAGAUUUCUGAGUUACAUCCUUCAACUGCAUAGGGGUAAUCAAGAAGAAAUUAAUUGAUAUUUUUUUUAUAUGGAUUCAAACAAACUUUUCACCAGAGGAUCGCAGCUUAACUUUUUAAGGAAGUGUGUUGUCCUCUUUGGACAACCAAUGGAGGAGAAAAUGUGCUGUAUUUUGAAGUUUGAUUAUGACAGGAAGCAAAAUGUUGAAAUAAUUCUUAUGACAAAGCACAAAAUACAGUGAUUGAUAAGGCAAUAUGAAUAUCAAGAGUCAUUGUUAAUAUGUUUAUUGAAAGGGAAAAGAAAGUGAAAUUGUAAAAAAAUUCAUUAUUGUCAUAGAUUUAUUUAUUGUCAUAGAUUUAGUUAGUUUCAAGGACAUAAUAAAGGAGCUCAGUAGGAGCUAUGAAAACCAAGUGAUUGCAUAAUAGGUCUUACUCUAUUUAUUCAACAGUAAUAAGUGGUUUGUAGCAGUGUUAAUGUCAAGAAAUACAACCUGAACUUAUGCCAGCCCCAGAAAAAUAUGAAUUCUUUGGAACUGAUUGGAAAGAAACUGCGCUCAACCUACAGAAGGCUUGGCAGAGAACUUCCGUGGGGGAAUCACUGACUCUGACGCCACUUUUUCUCCUGAAAGUGAAAGCAAAAUGAAGAAAACUGAAGCUAAAUUAAGAAAAAUUAACUUAAUUGGAGAAGUGAUGACAGUGGCUGCUCAGUUCAGAGACAAAAAAUUGAGGUAGCUGGAGGAACUCCAUGAGGUGCCUUCAUGCAUGGGAUAAUCCACUGAGAGACAAUGGAUGGGAAGUGGAAAUAAAACAGCAGGAACACAGUGCCUCAAUCCAUCAUUCACAGAAAGCUACUGCUGAUGUCUCUGAAUAAAAGGCCAAAGUGGGUGAACUUUCAAUCUUUUUUAUUUUUUUUUUAGGAUCUUAUCUCAAGUCUUACUUAUCAGACUUCAGGGGAAAACUCCUAUCAUAUAAAAUAGCACAUAUAUUUUCAUUUCUGCUGAUGUAUUUUUCCUUGAAGUCUUUAGGCAGGGCUGUCCCAUAUGUUAUACCUGCUGUAUACUGCUAUAUAUGUCAGAUUUCUAUCAAUGAAUAAAAAUACAUUUGUUGUAUCUCA